AUGUUUCAAGGUCAGUCGUUCUUGAUAGUGGCGUCGCCCGAGUUGAACAGCGAUGAAGCAGCCAAGUUGGAGAGAUUGCUCAAGGAAAAUGACGCGGAAACUGUAUACAUCAAGCAAGAGUCUGACAACAGCCACAACUAUGUCGACACGCCGACGAUAACCCAUAUAGUCUCCCGUUCCAUAGCAUUUGUCGAAUACAGUCAGGCUCUACGGUCAAUGAUCCCCGUCACGACCCCAGAUUGGGUGUUCAAGUCGAUAGAUGAGCUUCAGCUCCAGCCCGUGAAGCCGUAUAACCCCGACCCGGCGUACUUUAUGAAAGACUGCUUCAUAUGCUGUGCUGAUAAUCUACCGCUGGGGGAUAAAGAGCUCAUAUAUGACGCAGUGAGGGCGUUUGGCGGGAAUUACGUUGACAUCUUGUCGAAAUAUACCACGCAUCUCAUCGCGAUGGAUAUGAGUAAUGAAAAAUCGAUUAUUGCGGCAAGUAUCAUGGGCAAUGAAUUCUCCCUGGGACCCUAUAGGGGCAUCAAGAUUGUGUAUCCUCACUGGGUUGACCGUUGCAUUAGCAAGGGUCGGAGGUUGGAUGAGACAAAGUAUUUGGUCCCCGGUGUUGAUCCUUGCUCAAUGGCUACGCCGCGAGCUGACGAUGCGCAUUUGGAGAUUUUGCUCAACGAUUCCUUGCCAAAAAUUGAUAACAAUGAUGAUAAUGAUAAUGACAAUGACAAUGAUGAUGAAGAUAACGAUGAUGAUGACAGUCUGGAUGCAUCUUUGGACUUUUUCAAGGGAAAGAAAAUCCACUUGGGCUCUGAUUUCAACUUGUCGCAACGUUUGCACAGUGCUAUUGAACGUUACAUUGGGAAUUUUGGAGCCAUGGUGGAAAGGGAAUUUAGUCAGGAUAUCGACAUUUACCUUGGCAAGUACCGCGCUGGUGAUGCCUAUGAAAAAAGUAUGAAUAGUGGUGGUGGCAGUAGUGGCAGUGGCCGGAUUCUUGUUGCCAAUCUACAAUGGUUCUUUUCGAUCGUUGUCAGCAAGAAAUGGACAAUACCGCUAAACUCAAACAUUCUUUAUUUCCCCAUGCCUCCUGAGCCAAUAAAGGCUUUCAAGGACCUCAAUAUAUCCAUUACAAAUUACAGCGGUGAAGCAAGAAGCUAUUUAACUAGGCUAAUUGCACUGUUGGGAGCCACAUUUACAAAGACCUUGACUAAAGAUAACGACUAUCUUAUCUGCGCCAAACCGGAAGGUAAAAAAUACGACGCGGCUCGAGCGAGAUGGUUUGAUGAACUCGGGGACCCAGAAGUCAUCGUUGUCAACCAUGUGUGGCUAGAAGACUGUUUUAUCAAGUGGGCCAAAUUGAGUCAUUCUGAUGAAAAGUAUACAAACUUUGGAAGCUCGAUUGGGAUGGAGCCUUUGGUGGGGAGAGUCCACUUGGAUGCCGACUUGUUAACUCCUCGACCGGGUCUCGGCUUGGUUGGUCUGAUCGGGUUGACCGAUUCGAGUAAAGUCGAAGACAGCAUGAGCGAAGAUGAGAGCACCCAACGGCGAUCGAAACGUCAAGCGUCGGUGAUGUCCAGCGUGCGCACUCUCACUAGGAAAAAUACAACUGAUUUGCAAGUUGGCGAUGAAAUUACAAACUUGUCUCUAACGCCCGUGUUUGGGACACCAAAAAGAUCCAAGGAGACUGCUACUCCAAAUCAGUCCGAUUUGACUGUGGACUUGUUGUCCCCCAAGACGCCCGUUGGGUUUGUUGAACCCAUCGGCGGAGCUCAUAGAUACGGAGGGCGCUCGGCAGCAAAGAAAGCGGCAGCUAAAUUGCAUGACAAUAUGAGUGAUUUGAACGCCUACCAGAAAAUGACAAAGAGUAAAAAAGAAAUGAAGCAUUACAUGGACGAGUUGGAAGUGUCAGUGGCAACCAAACGGAGACAUCAGGAUCCUAUGCAAAGCAACGUCGACAACGUGAACCCAGCUGAAGAAGAAAAACUACUGGAGGAGGGCAAGAAGCGGCGACGAAUGGAUGAAUGUUCAAUCGUGGCUAUUUUGACUGGUUGCGAACUGGACGUCGUGUUGGAUAGAAACGAUUAUUUCAAACUUGAAACCGUGGGUAUAAAAAUAAUCCAGGAUGUGAGCAAGGUCAGGCCCAAUACAUUGAUUGCACCAAAGAUCCUACGCACGGAGAAGUUUUUGCGCAGCUUGAGCACUGUCGACAAGAUUGUCCAUCCUUCCUACAUUGUUCACGUUUUGGAAAACAUCGAGAAUGGUUACGAUGUCUUGAACCGGGUCCAAAUAGAAAAUUACCGGCUAGAUAAGUGUAAUUCCACCGUGGAAGCUGACUUGGAUCUAAGGUCAUUAUUGAAAAAAUCAAGUGUGCGUGGCAAGUUGUUUGCCGAUAUCGAGUUGAAUCUCAGCAGCAACUUGAACGGUGGCCUUGAUGUAAUUGCACGGAUUUUAAAUGACCACGGCUUGAAAAAUUUCAAAGAAGUCAAAACGGUACCGCCACCGGGCAAAAAGAGCCACCAGAUGCUUGAAUGUGAAAUCAACGGCUCGAAGUUGUCGAUUUUGAUUGCGAACAAGACCAAAGAUUCCAAACUCACCAAGGCCUUUAGAAAAUCCGUUGACAACGGUAUAGUCUUGAGUUGGGAUUGGUGUGUCAAGUCGAUUUUCGCAAUGCAGAUCCAGUCCGUGGAUGAAUUCCAGCUAUGA